AUGGGCAAACUGGGCUUCACCUUGCUGGACUUCGACGAGGAGUCCGUCUGGGUGGAUCAGGUGCUGGAGAUGGGCACCGUGCCCGAGUGGAACGAGCAGAACCCGCUGGCAAAGGUCGCAACGGGUACGCGGAUCCUCGAGGUGAACGGCAUCAAGGGGGAUGUGAACAAGAUCUACGAGGAGCUGAAGAAGAAGAGCAGUGUCUUAGAGCUGCUGGUGGAGUCCCAUGGCCCGGAGACAGCCAACCCCAAGGACGCGCCGACCCCGUUCAGUCGGUAUGUUGCCCUUGUGAUUGUGAUGCACCGAUCUGGUCCAUCUGAAAGCACAACCAUCGAAGGCUGUGAUGCCUAG